CUCUCCGUCCUUGGCGGCGGCGGCGGCGGCGGCGGGUGAGGCGCGGGAGCCGACCCGGGCAGCAUGGUGAUGGCCGAGCCCCGGCGGCUCCCUCCGGCCGCCGCCGCGCUGCUCCUGCAGCCCCGCCGCCGCCGCCGCCGCCGUCCUCCUCCCCUUCGCCGGCUCAGCCUCAGCCUCAACCGCCCCGCGGCGCUUCGGUGCCGGUGCGCGUCGGCUUCUACGAGAUCGAGGGCACGCUGGGCAAGGGCAACUUCGCCGUGGUCAAGCUGGGCCGGCACCGCAUCACGCGCAGCGAGGUAGCAAUAAAAAUCAUCGACAAAUCUCAGCUCGAUUCUGUCAACCUGGAAAAAAUUUACCGGGAGGUACAGAUCAUGAAAAUGCUGGACCAUCCACAUAUUAUCAAGCUUUAUCAGGUGAUGGAGACCAAAAGCAUGCUUUACCUUGUGACAGAAUAUGCCAAAAACGGAGAAAUAUUUGAUUACCUGGCCAACCGGGGACGUUUGAGCGAGACGGAUGCCAGGCGCAAAUUCUGGCAGAUCCUCUCGGCUGUGGAAUAUUGUCACGGCCGGAAGAUCGUACACCGGGAUCUCAAAGCCGAGAAUCUCCUGCUCGAUAACAACAUGAAUAUUAAGAUAGCAGAUUUUGGGUUUGGAAACUUCUACAAAAGCGGGGAGCCUCUGACCACGUGGUGCGGAAGUCCUCCUUACGCAGCUCCCGAGGUCUUCGAAGGCCAGCAGUACGAGGGGCCGCAGCUGGACAUUUGGAGUAUGGGCGUGGUCCUUUACGUCUUGGUUUGUGGAGCUUUGCCCUUCGAUGGACCGACCCUCCCCAUCCUGCGGCAGAGAGUUUUGGAAGGAAGGUUCCGCAUCCCCUAUUUCAUGUCUGAAGAGUGCGAGCAUCUCAUCCGGAGGAUGCUGGUUCUGGAUCCAUCCAAGAGACUGAGCAUUGCUCAGAUUAAAGAGCACAAGUGGAUGCUAAUAGAGGUUCCGGUCCAAAGACCCGCUCUCUAUUCCCAGGGGCAAGCGAGUGGAUCUCCCAUCGGAGAAUACAACGAGCAGGUCCUGCGGUUGAUGCACAGCCUGGGAAUUGACCAGCAAAAGACCAUUGAGUCUCUGCAGGAUAAAAGCUACAACCACUUUGCUGCUAUCUACUACCUGCUAGUAGAGAGGCUGAAGUCCCACCGCAGUAGCUUCCCCAUCGAUCAGCGGUUAGACUCUCGCCAGCGGCGACCCAGCACCAUUGCCGAACAAACAGUCGCAAAGGCUUCUGUUGCACCUGUAAACCUGCACUCUCAAAACCUACGGCUCCGAAGGUCUCCUGGCCUCCCUCCGACAGCAGAGGCCUUCUCCUUUUCCAGAUCCGUCUGCCAGGCGGAAACGGCCUUCAUGGAGGAAGAGAGAAUUGACACCCCCAAAGUGAAUGGUUGCCUGCUGGAUCCUGUUCCCCCAAUGAUGGUAAGGAAGGGGUGCCAGUCCCUCCCGACCAGCAUGAUGGAAACGUCCAUCGACGAAGGGAUCGAAGCCGAAGGGGAAUCUGAAACGGAUCCUGCCCAAGCCUUCGCGGCAUUGCAAGGGUCUCGCAGUGGGAAGAGGCGACAUACCCUGGCAGAAGUGACCAAUCCCCUCUUGGCCAUGCCAGGCCCAGGAAAAGUCUUCUCCGUGGACGAGAACCAAUCCCUGAGCAGCGUUGACUCGGAAUACGACAUGGGAUCGAUCCAGAGGGAUUUAAACUUCCUGGAAGACACCUCCUCCUUGAAGGAGAUGGUCCUGGGCAACCCGCCAGCUCCGAGGUUGACUCCCUCUUUCAUUGGCCUGAGACCGCCUAAUCCAGCCAUGCAGGCGUUGGCGGCCCACAAGCGGGAAGCCCACAACCGUUCCCCAGUCAGCUUUCGAGAGGGGCGCAGGGCAUCGGACACGUCCCUGACCCAAGGAAUUGUAGCGUUCAGGCAACACCUUCAGAACUUGGCCCGAACCAAAGGCAUCCUGGAGCUGAACAAAGUCCAGUUGUUGUAUGACCAGAUGAGGUCAGAAGACGAACUUUCCCUGGAAUCCGCUUCUCCUCACUUGCCAGACCUUGAGACUGGUCCCCAGCAGGAAGAGGCACCUUUGCCGCAGGAGGCAGCGCCCACCUUCCCCAGCAGCCUCCAUCCCCCGUUGCUAUCCAGGCGUCAGAGCUUAGAAACGCAGUAUCUGCAGCACCGGCUUCAGAAGCCCAGCCUGCUUUCCAAAGCCCAGCACGCUUGCCAGAUGUUUUGCAAGGAGAUACCUCGGAGCCUGGAACAGCAGCUGCAGGAGCACAGGUUGUAUCAGAAGCACCUCUUCCUCCAGAAGCAAUCUCAGCUGCAGACCUACUUCAACCAGAUGCAGAUCGCUGAGGGCGCCUACUCCCGAUCCAGCCAGCUGCCCCUCCCUUGCCACGAGGAGCCCCCUCCUCCUCCCCCUCCUCCUCCUCCUCCCCCUCCUUCCCAAUUCAGCCUGGUGCAGCCCUUGAGCCCCGUCAUGGAGCCGCCGUCUGCUGAAGACAUGCAAUACGACCCUUUCCUCAGCCAUUAUCAGAAGCUGCAGCUUGGCCAGCCGCCUCCCCCUGCCCUCCACAGCUCUCCCCAAGUUCCAUCCCAGCAGCAGCAGCAGUACCCCUACCAGACUUGCGAAGGGCCGCUUGGCCUCUCGCCCGACCUAGACUAUGCCGGCCAGCCUGUGUAUCCCCUGGAGCCCACCCAGCAGAGCGGCGUAGCCAUGACCAAUGUCCAGAGGGGCUCGGAACCUCCUGGCUCUCAGUCCAGCUAUGACACCUUAAACCUUGCCCAGUUGCCGGGCCUCUUGGAUUGUGAAAUGAUGGAGACGGUCGAUCCCCAACACGGAGGCUACGUCUUGGUGAACUAGCAGCUUUCUUGGAGAAGGAGAACGCGGGUUGAAGUCGAAGUCGUACCGUGGCUGCGGAUUUCCCUUCUGGGCUCCCAUGGCUGCUUCUCCAAACCUUUCGAGCUUCACGGAUGAAGAGCCAAACUCUCUGAACUGGUACUAGCGGAGAAGAGCCAGGGCUCCCUUUCGAGGGGGGCGGGCGGCUGGAAGGGCUGAAGGAAGGCCCCGCACCUUCCCACAGAGCAAAGGACCACUCUGAAGGGAAAGGAGGAAGACCCACUUCUGAGAAGGCAGAAGGCGGGGGUCCUUCCAGACAUCUGGGGUGUCCUGCUCACCGCUCAACCCUCUUGUCAGAGGGGAACCUGGCAGAAUUCAGGAAAAGGAGUGGAUUUGCUCUACAUCAUACUUGGCAAUAAAAGCAAUACAUUAUUAUUAUUUUCAUCGGAAUCUGGCCGAGAGGUCGUCGACACCGGAAGCCAGUCAGGAAUGUAGGACGCCCGAGGGCUUGAGAACUGGUCUGCUCAGCUAGGCUAGGCUGUAGGUCAGAGGCGGGAAACCAUGGCCCUCUUCGGAUUUAUGGACUUCACAACUCCCAGAAUUCCUGAGAAUUCCGGGAGUUGAAGUCCACAAGUCCUAAAAGGGCCGUAGUUCCCUCCUGCCCCUGUGUAGACGUUCUUCAAAGGACUUGCAGGAACUCUGUUUUGUUGACCGGAUGACUCGCAGGGAACUCCGAACCUUUGCAUAUCUCGAGAACUCCCUGAAUUGUCGGCGAAAGCAUCCCUCGGUCCAUCUUGGGAGUCAACAUGGUGGGAUUGUUGAGGUCCUCCAGCGACCGACCAGCAGGGAAGGAGAUCCGGGAGUCUUGACGCUAAAGCAGCAUCAAGGCAACCUUGGGAAGAACUUGAUCACUGGACAAAUUGUUCUGAGCUGCCCUUUGUAGCUAUUUUUUGUUUCUUUCUUUCUUUCUUUUUUUAGAGGAAGCAAAUCUACUUGGGACUUCAAGAGUGUGCGUUGAUGGUUGUUCUUAGGCUUUGCAUAUUUGGGCAACUAUUUAGGGGUGUAGUGUUUUAAGGACAAAGCAGAAUAAGCUUACCAGAAAACCCAUGUGACGUGAUAGUGCCGUGCCUUUUUUUCGGUUCUUUCUAAGACCCUUCCUUUCUCUUUUUUUAAAAAUUCUGAAUUAUUAUUAUUAUUUUUUUAAACCACCCCCAUCUCUUGUCUAGGCUGACACCAAAGUCCCUUCAGAGACCGGGUUCCACCAUGUGGAAUGCGGGUUUCGUCUUUCUUUAACACCCCCCCCCCAUAAUUCUUUCCGACUCGCUCAUCUCUAGACCUGAUUUUAAUUUUCCUUGGGGAAAAAAAAAGAAGUAUUACAGCAAUAUUUAGGAUCGGCAACCAUUGACUUGUUCAUCACUUCAACAGGUGUUCGCUCUAAAAGCAUCAACCUCUCUAGGAAAGACACAAAUAGACGACGAAUUUAUUUCAAGAGGAGUGGGCGGCGGGGUGGGGAGGUGGGGGUUGGCUUAGCAUUUGAGACCGGUUGGAAGCCUUCUGUUGGAACUGGGUAAAAAUUGAAGCACAACCUCCCAAGUUUUUUUAAGCACAAAAAGAAAGAGGCUCACUCAGCAAAUUUAGCCUGGUAGAAAGCCAAGGGAAGGCCUCUGGUUUUUGCUCCAGGGAUCUGCUGGCAUUUCUCAAAUCUUGGCCGUUUUAAGAUGGGUGGACUUCAACUCCCAGAACUCCCCACCCCUCCCCUUAGCCAGCAAGCUAGAGAAUUCUGGGAGUUGAAGUCCACCCGUCUUUAAACGGCCAAGGUUGGAAAAACCCAGCUGUAGGGUAACUGCAAUAAGAUUUGGGGAAGAAGCCUUCAGCCCCAAAUACCCUAGAUCAGGGGUCUCCAACCUUGGUCCCUUUAAGACUUGUGGACUUCAACUCCCAGAGUUCCUCAGCCAGGUUUGCUGGCUGAGGGACUCUGGGAGUUGAAGUCCACAAGUCUUAAAGGGACCAAGGUUGGAGACCCCUGCCCUAGAUGUCUUCUACUCUGUUUGAAAAGUUUGGGCCAGUUUGAAAGAAGAGAAACAGGUUGCCCCCAUAACGAUGUCCUCCAAUCGUUGGCUCCCCAAAAUUCGCAAGAAGAAACCGGUGCACCGCCCACCGGAUCUCCUUGGGAAGCAGGAGGGGAACAGCUGGAAAUGGGAAGGACAUCCCCCAGGAGGGGCAGAAGGCCCAUCUUAAUGGCGCUGUUGCUUCCCUUCCCCCUCGGCUCCAACCCCUGGGAGAAGGAAUCCGUGUUCCCAUGGUGCUGGCCUGGUGGCUUCGGAGGGUGCUUUCCCCCCAUCCACCCCGCAGACGUUUCACACCCAAUGGGGCAUGGAAACCUUUUGUCCGCCUCCUUCCAUGGGGGUCAACCCUUGUUCAGCUUUCGUGAGCGGGAAGAGAUCGCCCCAGCCUAAGGAAAUCCAUCGGCCAUAUUGGGGACCUCAGGUGGAGAAGGAUGGGGGGAGGAAUGAAGCCCAGGUGAGCCCUUCCUUCCCUCUUUGAACCCUGGAGGAAGACCCCCACCCACCCACCCACACAACCUGUCCCCUCACAGCAGACCUGAUUGAGCGAGUAGGAAGCCCACUGGGCGGCUCCGUUGCCAACCCACCUAAGGAGUAAAGACGCUUUUCUUGUAGCAUCCCGAUUACCCAGGCAGGGGCAGAAGGCUGUUGAUUUUGUGCAAAACCCCCCACCUCCCGUUCCCUCUCUAAACUGCACAGGUAGCAAACCUGUGAGCAGGUAUCUCUUGGCUAGAGAUCUAUUCCACGAGGACUCGGAGGGGACGCCAGGUUUACUGAAGGCGAGGCAACCGAGCUGGUCUGGGGCUCCCAACUGUUCUUCCAAGGGCCCAUCUGGUGCAGAUUGGGGAGGGGGGCCCCCGAGUGACCCCAGCCUUGUUGGGAAAUGCUUUUUCUCCCCUUCCCUCUCCCCCGCUCCCCACGUUGGGACCGAGCCUCUGAAUGUAAAACUAGUUCGAACGGUCCCCUCCAUCUCUUCCCUCUGCUUUAAACCAACGCUCAUGUUUCUGGCCCUAUUGGUGGCUUUCCGACAACCGCGAUCCAGGAAACGUGCAUUUUACCCAGCCGGGCUCGUCCUACCUGCAAGACCACCACCUCUUCUUCCUCCCGUGUUCCAGCUCGUUUAAAGCGUAGCCGCUUUUCGUCCAAUCUACUGUGCGGGUCCUUUCGGAAGGGUUUUGUGAACGCUACUGUUUUUUUGGUUUUUAGGAAACGACUAGCUUUAUCCGUUGAAAACGCAGGUCCCUUUGAAGAGACUUUGGUGAGACGUCGUUUUUUUUUGGGGGGGAGGGUUGUUUCCCACAAUCUUUUACUCUGGAGACAAGUGCAAUAUGUGUGUGGUACGUUCUUUAAUGUAUUUUUUAAGGAAACAAAAAAAAAAGAGUUAAAAGGAUUUAGCCUUCGCUUGGGGAAACCUGCACUAAGGUUGCAAACGCCUCUUUUGGGAUGUGGGGGGGAGCUCCCUCUGUAGUAUUUACAUGCCGGAUUCUGUCAAAGCAAUUGCAAUGUAUUAAUGCAGAAUAAAGAACUUGGACCUUC